AUGUCUUCUCCAUCUACAGUCCUCAUCACUGGUGGAAACCGUGGAAUCGGCCAAGGCCUCGUCAAGACAUUCCUUGCCCGACCAUCGCUCACCGUCAUUGUUGGCGUCCGCAAUCCCUCCCACCCAACAUCCAAAGCUCUCCACGAUCUGCCAGUAGGCAAGGGCUCUAAGCUCAUCGUCGUCAAGCUUGACUCCAGCGUGCCCUCUGAUGCUGCCGCGGCCGUUUCUACGAUCAAGAGCGAGCACCACAUUGACGCCCUUGAUAUUGUCAUCGCCAAUGCCGGAAUCGCCACCGAUGGCGGUCUAGUUCGUGACACCACUGUGGACAACAUCCAGAAGCACUUUGAGGUCAACACUAUUGGCCCUGUUGUUCUCUUUCAAGCUGUCGCAGACCUUCUCCAGGCCAGUAAGACUGGAAACCCCCGCUUCGUUGCAAUUUCAACUCUUCUCGGCUCAAUGGGCUCUAUGGAAAACUUGGUGGCACUGCCUUCCACAAAUAGCCCUUAUGGUGGCAGUAAGGCUGCUCUGAACUGGUUCAUCCGACGCCUUCACUUCGAAGAGCCGUGGCUCACUAGCUUCGUCAUCCACCCUGGCCUGGUAGAGACCGAAAUGGCUGCCGCCGCAUUUGGCAAUGGUUCUACGAAAGAUCUGUCCCUGUAUGGAGCCAUCAGUAUCGAAACCAGUGUUACGGGGCUGGUCAAUGUUAUUGAUAAAGCCAGUAAGCAGUUUAGUGGAACCUUUCAGAAUUAUGACGGUACGCCCAUCGCUUGGUAG